AUGUCCUCCUCCGCGCAACCUUUAGCGCGCCGACAGAGCCAGCGACUGUUGCUCUCGUCGGAGAAGAAGGCAAAGACAAAGAAGUAUGACGCGAACACGACGAAUGGCCGAAAACAAACACCUUCAAAACCAAAACGAGAGAAGUUGGAUUUGACCGGCGACAGGUUAAACAUCUGUUUACUCUUACUCCUGUACACCUUACAAGGCGUCCCGAUGGGCUUAUCCUCGACCGUGGCGUUUUCCUUGACGGAGAAAGGCGCCAGUUUUGGCGACCAAGGCGUGUUUUCCUUGGCGUCGUGGCCGUUUUCGUUGAAGAUUUUGUGGGCGCCGAUGAUCGACGCGUUAUACGUGAAACGAAUCGGCCAAAGGAGAACGUGGUUGAUUCCGUUGCAGCUCCUCGUCGGUGGAGCGUUGUUCGUGUUGAGCGGGAAUUUGGAAGGAAUGAUAGAGAAUGGCGCGAAAUUCGGGGACGCGAAACCGUUGGCGAUGACGUUUUUUAGCAUUUACUUUUUACUCGCGUCGCAGGACGUCGCCGUCGACGGGUGGGCGAUAACGAUGUUGAAGAGGGAAAACGUCGGUUUAGCGAGCACGUGCAACGCGGUGGGCCAGACGUUUGGUUUUUUUGCGAGCUUUACCGGGUUUUUAGUGUUGAAUGCUCGAGGGUAUUGCGAGUUGAAAGGGUUCGUGAUGUUCUGGUCGGCGAUGUUCUUCCUGAGUUCGCUGGCGGUGUUUUUGAAGCGGGAAGAUAUGGGAAGGAUGGAGGAAAUCGUCGGAGUGAAGGAGACGUACAGGCAAGGAAUAAAAGUGAUGUCGCUACGAAACGUGCAAUCGUUGGCGUUGAUUUUGUUGACGAGACACGUGGCAUUCUCCCCGGCGGAGAGUUUAACGCAAUUGAAAUUGUUAGAAAAGGGCGUGCCGAAGACGUUUUUGGCGAGCAUGAACGCGGUGAUUGCGCCGUUGAACAUAAUGAUGCCGAUGAUAUCAGCGAAAUGGACGGCUGGAGCGAAACCGUUGCGAGUGGUGUUAAAUACGUUCGUGUACAGAGGAAUCGCGUGUGCGUUUGCGAGCGUGGUGGUUGUCGCGUGGACUAAAGUUCUAGCGAGCGACGGCGCGCAAGGGACCGCCCCCGUGAAUUACGAAAAAGCGUCCUCGAACGUGUUCUUUUCCGGGUUGGUUUUAGCGUGGAUGUGCGUCUCGAGCGCGUUAUCGACGGUGCAGUUUGUUGGAGUCAUGUCCUUCUUUUCCAAAGUUUCCGACGAGAGCAUCGGUGGAACGUACAUGACGCUUUUGAACACGUUAUCUAACCUUGGAUCGAAAAUCGCAGAGACGUUUGUAUUGUUUUUCGUCGAUUUCGUUUCGGAGAAACGAUGCGUCGGCGCGUCGUCGUCGUCGUCGUCGAUCACCGCGUGUUCCACGAAACAAGAAAGAGAUAUGUGCGUGUCAGCGGGUGGGAAAUGUCACUUGGACGACGGACAUUACCACACGUUUGUCUUGUUAUCUCCGGCGGUUGCGUUAGCGUGGGUGGUGUGGCAAAGGAAAAGAGUACAAAGACUUUCCGCCUCGCCUUUGGAGGAGUGGCGCUUAUCCACCUCGAGUAGGAAAGAUUACUAG